UGUACAGUUUUUGUACCGGUUUAGUACGGAAUUUUCACUUUAAUUUUGUAAGAGUUGUGUCCCUUGGUAUAAGUACGCCAUUUGUAUAGGAAAUGUCGCGUCAUGCGAAAGGCAAUUUUGCUCCGGCAAAUUGUAAAUUUAUAGGCCUCCCUAGGUUCCCCACAGUCUUUUUACCUUGCCUCUCUGGAGGGAUGUAAUCGAUGAAUAAAAUACUAGCAAACUCAAAGGUCGUUACAGUAAAAAGACUGUGUUUACCAGCAAGUGGAGGAUAAGAUGGAUCCCGCUAAGACUUCCUCAAGAAGAACAAGAAAACUUACAAUUAAGGGACAAGAAAUGUAUGAAUUAAGAGUCUGCGAAUUUGGCCGUGUUCUGUUUAAUAUUCAUCAAACAAUAGAAGAAAACAUUACACUAGUAGAAACAUAUAAAGAAAAUAAAACUGUUCUAGGAGAACUAAAACAAAUAUUAGAAGAAGAACACCACAAAUACGUAACAUUAUCAGACCAAUUAUGUGUUUAUUUGAAACAAGCUAAAACCAAAGAAGCAGAAGCCGAAUUAAGUUCGCAUUUAAUUAUCAGACAGUCUGUGGAAGAAAAGGUCAAGUAUGCUCAAGAGUUUGUAAAUGAACAAAUAGGUGAAUCUAUUGAACAGAGUGAAGUAGCACAGAGUGAAGUAGCACAGAGUGAAGCAUCGGCUACAGAGACAAAGAACCUUAACGACAAUAACAGUCAAAGUCGAGAUAAUGUUUCAGUGAAAAGUAACCAACAACAGUCUGGUGGUUCGGUUAAAAGUCAAAAAACUCGGAACAGUCAAAGUGUUGGAAAAAGUCGAAGUACACAUUCAACUUCAUCAAGUAAAAGUAAGAUGAGCCAAAUGCUGAUAACAAAGAAAUCCAAUCUUGAAACAGCUAAAAUAAGAUUAAAAAUAGCAGAAGAGGAAGAAAAGUUAAAAAGGCAACAAACUGAGUUUGAAAUAAAUGUAAAAAGAGAACAAGCAGACAAACAAGCACAAGUUGAAAAAGGACAAAAGGAAUUAGAAGCCAGUUUACACAUUUUACAGUGUAAAAAAGAAGUACUUGAAACUGAAGCAGAGUUGAAAGUAGUAGAAGAAAUAGCUAGUCUUGAAGUUGACAACACAGAAUUACCUUCAGAAGUUGACAACAGAAGUAUCUUCGUGAAAGAGUACAUAGACAAUUUACCUGAAAUCACUAGAGUUGACGGGUGUGUAAACAGUUUACCUCUACACAGCAAUCCUUGUACUGAAGUAGUGGAAACUUCUAUGCAAAAUAAACUUGACAAUACUAAAACUUUUUUAUCACCAUUGGAAAACCAAUCGAAUCUUGGAAUCCCCGAACCCACUUCACAAGUCGAGAAAGAUGAAAACAAUUCUACACCCCAAGGUGCAGGAGUAUCAGAACUUACGAAAUAUAUCAUGAAGAAAGAUCUUUUAUUGUCGCGUUUAUCUAAUUUUGAUGACCGUGCAGAGAGAUACUUCAGUUGGAAAAAUAGUUUCCUCAAUAUAGUGAAAGAAUUAGACGUGACAGCCACAGAGGAACUUGAUCUUUUAGCACGUUGGUUGGGACCAGAAUCUAAGCGACAAGCUGUGAGCAUUAGAGUUUCUAAUCCACACAAUGAACAGAACGCGUUAAAUAAAACAUGGGAAAGACUUGAUGAGCGUUUUGGAGCACCUGAGCAAGUUGCGGAAUCCCUAAGAAGAAGACUAGAAAGUUUUCCCAAAGUGACAGUAACAGAGAGACAUAAAUUGUAUGAGUUGUCUGAUUUGUUAUCAGAAAUUGCAAGUGUUAAAGAGAAUGAGAGAUAUAAAAUGUCACUAUCAUAUUUUGAUUCUGCAUUAGGUGUUAACAAUGCUGUGUGUAAAUUACCUGUAUUUAUACAAAACAAGUGGGUAGAUCAUGCUAGUUCUUAUAAGGUUCAACAUAAUGUUAUGUAUCCUCCUUUUCAUGUUUUUGUUGAAUUUGUAAAGAAAAUGGCUGUUAGACAAAAUGACCCCAGUUUCAGAAUUCAAUCAAAUGAUAGUCAAAAAGGAGAUAGUACAGUACAUGUAAAGCAAAUGAAUAAGGUCAAAUCAGUGAACACUAGAAAAACAAAUUUAGAAACUUCACAAAGGUUUGAAACUAAAAAUCUCAAGUGUGUUAUUCAUGGAAAUGAAUCCAAACAUAAAUUAAAACACUGUCGUACAUUUCAGGCAAAAUCUAUUCCUGAGAAAAAGGAAAUUGUGCAAAAAAAUGGUAUAUGUUUCAAGUGUUUAAAUGGUAAACAUCUGGCGAAAGAUUGUAAAGAAUCUGUUAGUUGUGAAAAAUGUAACAGUUCUCGUCAUUGCACUACAUUUCAUAUUGAUCGUCCUGAAGCAUUAACAGGUUAUGGCGGGGAACAUCACCAACAGGACCCAUCUUCACGGGUUAAUGUAAGCUGUACAGAAGUAUGUGGAGAUCCUUUAACCACUGGUAAAUCAUGUACAAAAACUGUGUUAGUGCGUGUAUAUCCUGAAGACCAACCUGACAGAGCAAUUACGUGUUACGCCAUUAUAGAUGACCAGAGUAACAAAUCACUUGCUAAAUCUGAACUCUUUGAUAAAGUAGGUAACAAUACAGACACUAUAGAUUAUAUUUUAUCAUCAUGUGCAGGAAAAGUAGCCAGAUCAGGAAGAUGUACAUCAGGAAUUUGUGUUGAACCUUUUGAUGGUUCAUGCGUAUUGAAAUGUCCACAACUGAUUGAAUGUAAUGAAAUUCCAGACACCAAGAAAGAAGUUGCUACUCCAGCAGUUGCAAGACAAUAUAAACAUUUAAGAGAUAUACAACAUUUGAUUCCAGAGAUUGAUUCUCAUGCAGAUGUUUUGUUAUUAUUGGGAAGAGACCUUCUUGCAGCACAUCACGUUAUAGACCAGAGAAUAGGAGCUGAAAACGAACCAUACGCACAACGUCUCCGAUUGGGUUGGGUUGUCGUAGGAGAAACAUGUUUAGGCAUGAUACAUCGCAAUGAUCAAAACAUGAUUAUAGUAAACAAAACCAAUGUUUUGUUUAAUGGGCGUAGUUCAAUGUUUUUGCCUUGUGAAAACAAAUUUGAGAUCAAAGAUACUGUUUUUCAAAGAACUGUUGAAGACGAUAGUCCAGGAUUAUCGCGAGAAGACAGAGAAUUUCUUGACAUGAUGGAAAAAGAAAUGACAAAAUCUGAAAGUGGUCACAUCAUUGCACCGUUACCAUUUCGUAAAGCGAGACGCAAGCUUCCAAACAAUUUUGAACAAGCUAGACGUAGAGCAGAGAAUUUAUCACGGGAUUUGAAGCGGAAUCCUGCCAAACGAGAGCAUUUCGUUGAAUUCAUGAAAAACAUAUUUGAGAAGAAACAUGCAGAAGAAGCUCCUUCUGUAGAUAAAGGUGAAGAAGUUUGGUACCUCCCAAUAUUUGGUGUGUAUCACCCGAAAAAGCCAAACAAAAUUCGUGUUGUAUUUGAUUCUGCUGCCAAAUUUGAAGGAGUUUGUUUAAAUGAUGUUUUGUUAAAGGGACCGGACUUGACGAACAAUCUUGUUGCUGUUUUAUUGAAUUUUCGGAAAGAAAGAUUCGCUGCAAUGGCUGAUGUGGAGCAAAUGUUUUUUAAUUUUGAGGUUCAAGAAAAACAUAGAAAUUUCUUACGCUUUCUCUGGUUCAAAGACAACGAUCCAGCAAAGUCACUGGUUACAUAUAGAAUGCGUGUACAUGUUUUCGGAAAUUCACCAUCUCCUGCAGUUGCGACAUACGGUAUUCGUCAAGCUGUGUGUGAUCAUAACUCGGACAUUGAUUGUGAUGAUGUGUGUGACUACGUCAAGAAAAGUUUUUAUGUUGACGACGGGCUGGUUUCAAAGGCGCAUGAAAAUGAAUUGAUAAGUUUAAUCAAACGGACACAGGCAAGAUUACAAGAUGGAGGUGUUAUUCGACUCCAUAAGAUAGUGUCGAACAGUACAGCUGUUUUAAGCAGUUUUCCACCAGGUGACUUAGCAAAGAACAUUACUGAAAUUGACUUUAGUUCGGAAACACCAUGUAUACAAAAAAGUUUAGGUCUGAGCUGGAAUGUAGUGAAAGAUGUAUUCUCAUUUCAGGUGUCUACAGAUAAGAAACCGUACACCAAAAGAGGUCUGCUGUCUACUAUAAAUGGAUUGUUCGAUCCCCUUGGUUAUGUGGCACCAGUUAUAUUAGGCGGUCGUCUUAUAAUGAGAAAGGCCAUCCAAGACAAUAAUCUGGGCUGGGAUGAUCCAUUGCCGGAAAACUUAAAGAGAGAAUGGACAGACUGGCAAAAAUCUCUUGUUCAUCUUGUGCAGCUGGAAAUACCACGUGCCUUUACAGAAAUGUCAUUUGAACAUAGUAUAAAACGCGAACUUCAUGUAUUUUCAGAUGCAUCCAAGGAGGCUAUCGCCGCAGUGGUCUAUAUUCGUAUAUAUGAAUCAACCGGAAAUUCUCACAUUGGGUUUGUACUUGGAAAAUCGCGGUUAGCUCCUACCCACGGACAUACAGUUCCAAGGUUAGAGUUAUGUGCUGCUGUAGUAGCUACAGAACUGGCUGCAUUUGUACAGAAAUAUUUAGACAUACCAUCUCAGUCAACAUAUUUCUACACAGAUAGCCAGGUGGUCUUAGGCUAUAUAAACAAUGAAGCACGUAGGUUUUAUGUGUAUGUGGCAAAUAGAGUUGAUAGAAUCUUAAAGUUGUCGUCGCGUAAUCAAUGGAACUUUGUGCCUACUGAAAGAAACCCAGCAGAUCAUGGUACACGUCCAGUGAGUACAAUCAAUAUGAAGGACUGUAAAUGGUUGACAGGAAUAGAAUCUGGGUUGCAGAGAAAUAUUGAAAAUCAACAUGUACAGUUUAAACUAGUAGAGCCUGAAGAAGAUGUAGAAGUUCGCCCAGUUGUAAAAGUGAACAAGAUAGAAGUGAGAAAGGCGAAUCUUGGUGGACAUCGUUUUGAGCGUUUUUCAUCCUGGAAUAGACUGGUUCUAGCAAUUUCGUGUUUGAAAAGAAUUUCAAAUAAAUCUCAUAAAAAUGUACAGACUGAUACAAGAAACAAUGUAGAAUUCAAGAAAGCUGCAGAGAUUAUGAUUCUGAAAGAAGCUCAAAGGGAAUCCUAUUCUAAAGAAAUAGAUUUAUUAAAAACUGACAAAUCAGUUGCUAGAGACAGUAGUUUAGUGAAGCUCUCACCUAUUUUAGACUCCAAUGACUUGUUAAGGGUUGGUGGUAGAAUAAGAAAUGCCAGGUUAGACACAGGGGAGAAAACUCCUAUAAUAAUACCAGGAAAGCAUCAUAUCGCAAUGCUUCUAGUUAGACACUUUCACCAGUUGAUAUCUCAUCAGGGUCGUCAUCUGACUGAAGGAGCAGUACGUUCAGCUGGAUAUUGGAUUACAAGUGGAAAACGACUUAUUAGUCGUGUAAUUCAUAACUGCGUUAGAUGUCGUAAGUUAAGAAGACCUACUGAACACCAGAAAAUGGCGGAUCUUCCAAUUUGUCGCUUGACUCCAAGUCCUCCUUUCACAUACGUGGGCGUCGAUACCUUUGGGCCUUGGUCUAUAGUUUCCAGACGUACAAGAGGUGGUUUAAGCAAUAGUAAACGCUGGGCAAUACUGUUUUCAUGUUUGAAUACUAGAUCAGUCCAUAUUGAGGUGAUAGAGGAGAUGAGUGCUUCAUCAUUUAUAAAUGCGUUAAGGAGAUUCAUUGCCAUUAGAGGUCCAGUGAAAGAGUUUUACUCAGACCGUGGAACAAACUUUAUAGGAGCUGUUGGAGAAAUGGGUAUGGACAAAGUGAAUGUAGAAGAUACAGAUAUUAAAGGUUUUCUAAGAAAUCACAGUGCUGUCUGGUAUUUCAGUGCACCUCAUUCGUCACAUAUGAAUGGAUCGUGGGAAAGAAUGAUUGGUUUGGCCAGAAGGAUUUUGGACUCCAUGUUGUGUGAUAUUAGUACUAAACAUUUUACUCAUGAAGUACUUUGUACGUUGAUGUCUGAAGUCAUGUGUAUUAUUAACAGUAGACCAAUUACCACUGUGUCAGAUGACCCAACUUCUCCAGCCGUUCUUUCUCCAAAUGUACUGUUGACGCAAAAGGUGAAUUCCGACAUUGAACCUCUUCAGAACUUUGAUUUAAAAGACAUGUAUAAAUCUCAGUGGCGGCAGGUACAAGUACUAGCUGAUCAAUUCUGGAAACGUUGGAGAGUUCAGUAUCUUCACAGUCUACAAGUUAGGAGAAAAUGGCAAACUGAACGUUCAAAUAUAAAGUCUGGUGAUGUUGUAUUAAUGAUGGAUAGUAAUGUACCGCGUAUUCACUGGCCAGUAGGAAUUGUAGAAAAUGUGUUUCCUAGUUCUGACGGACUUGUACGUAAAGUUUCGAUACGUGUGAUAAAUGAAGGCAAAGUUGCGAAUUACACGCGUCCGAUUACCCAGUUGGUGCAUUUGCUUUCUGAAUGACUGUUGAUUAGACCGAUACGUAUACUUUUUGAGAUAAACAGGAGAUGUAUUUGUUAAUUAACAUCAUUUAAUUGAAAUUUAAUUCUUUUAAAUCAAUAGAUUUACAGAAAGGUUGAUAGCAUUUAUUUAAAGCUCUUUAUAUGUACAGUUUCGUUGGAAAUUUGUAAUAUAUAUCUCAGGUUAUAAUUAUCCACUAGUAUAUAUUAGAAAUAAGGUUUAUGUAUACUUAUGUUAAAUGUAAAAUUAAGGUAUAUGUUAACCUUUGAAAAUUGGUAAGAUUAAGGUUUAUGUUAACCUAUGAUUAAAUGUAAAGUUAAGGUACACGUUAACCUUUGAAAAUAUGUAAAUUUAAGGUUUAUGUUUACUUGGGUUGUAUCAAAUUUCAAAUAUUGUUGUAUUUUGAUGUGAAUUUGUUUCCAAAUUCAGGCGGGGAAUGUUCCGUUUUUGUACAGUUUUUGUACCGGUUUAGUACGGAAUUUUCACUUUAAUUUUGUAAGAGUUGUGUCCCUUGGUAUAAGUACGCCAUUUGUAUAGGAAAUGUCGCGUCAUGCGAAAGGCAAUUUUGCUCCGGCAAAUUGUAAAUUUAUAGGCCUCCCUAGGUUCCCCACAGUGUAAGUAAUGAUCAUGCAAGUGUAUUAGUAAAUGGAUGAACUGUUUAUGUAUGCAAUAAAUGUAUAUUUAUGCGUUGAAGUGCAUUUAGAAUUUCCUUUGUUUAAGGUCACGUGAUAGAUUUUUGAUUUGAAAAUCUUCAGAAUCGUUUGUAAAUGUACUAGAAUUGCAAGUUGCAUAUAUCUAUUGUCCAGUUAUUGUUUAAAAAAGUAUUACAUUGUAUUGUUUAAGGCUGUGCUCCUUAUUGAAAAUUAUUGUGUAAUUUAACACAGUAUUUAGGACUAAAUCAAUUUAAAACAGGUUAGGUCUUUUUAGAUCUGGUAUAGUCUAGUAAGGUAGUACCGGGCUGUCCGGGAACUUUAUAUGUCAUAUUAUUCAGGUUUCACUUAGACGAUAUCGAUAUUUGUCUGAUUUGUAUAUACCUAUUUUUCACUGUAUUUAUCAUU